CGGCGGCGUGUAUCCGGCGCGGGCGGGCCCCGACCAGGCUCUGCCCGCCCAGCCGCUCCUCCUGCGCGCGCGGCGCGUCUAGAGCAGAGUUGACUAUAUAUGGUCAAAGGCAAGGGGAGAGGCGGAAAAGUGGCCCGGGCGGGCGCUUCCUGGUCCGUGCGGGCUGGCGUGCGUGGCUCUCCCCGCGCCUUUGAACCGCGGCGGCCUUCAGCGGCGGCGACUGCGGCGGCGGUAACAAGUGGUGUCCGGCCGAGAUGCCUUACGAGCCGAGAAAAGUGUUUGCCAGCCUUCCCCAGGUGGAGAGGGGCGUCUCCAAAAUCAUCGGCGGAGACCCGAAAGGCGCCAACUUCCUCUACACCAACGGGAAAUGUGUCAUCAUUCGGAACAUUGACAAUCCUGCAGUUGCCGAUAUUUACACGGAGCACGCCCAUCAAGUUGUUGUUGCCAAGUAUGCGCCCAGUGGCUUCUACAUUGCAUCUGGAGACAUCUCCGGAAAGCUCCGAAUCUGGGACACCACUCAAAAGGAACACCUCCUGAAGUACGAAUAUCAGCCAUUUGCAGGAAAAAUCAAAGACAUUGCCUGGACAGAAGACAGCAAGAGGAUUGCUGCCGUUGGGGAAGGAAGAGAGAAAUUUGGAGCUGUGUUCCUUUGGGAUACCGGCUCCUCCGUCGGUGAGAUCACUGGCCACAACAAAGUGAUCAAUAGUGUGGAUAUUAAACAGACUCGGCCAUAUCGCCUAGCCACCGGCAGCGAUGACAAUUGUUCUGCAUUCUUUGAAGGACCGCCAUUCAAAUUCAAGUUUACAAUUAGUGACCACAGCCGUUUUGUCAACUGUGUGAGGUUUUCUCCAGAUGGGAAUAAGCUUGCUUCAGCCAGUGCAGAUGGCCAGAUUUUUAUUUAUGAUGGGAAAACUGGAGAAAAAGUAGGUGCUCUAGGUGGAAGUAAAGCACACGACGGAGGCAUUUAUGCGAUAAGCUGGAGUCCAGAUGGCAGUCAACUUCUUUCUGCUUCAGGAGACAAAACUGCAAAAAUCUGGGAUGUUGGCGCCAACAGCAUCGUGAACACUUUCAACAUGGGAUCAAACGUUCUGGACCAACAGCUGGGCUGCCUGUGGCAAAAAGACCACUUGUUGACUCUCUCUCUUUCUGGCUACAUCAAUUACCUGGAUAAGAACAAUCCCGAUAAACCCCUCCGCAUCAUAAAGGGCCACAGUAAAUCCAUACAGUGUCUUACAGUGCAUAGAAAUGGGGGGAAAUCCUAUAUUUACUCUGGGAGCCACGAUGGACACAUUAAUUUCUGGGAUUCAGAGACGGGUGAAAACGAUAGCUUUUGGGGGAAGGGUCACACCAACCAGGUUUCACGCAUGGCGGUGGAUGAGUCAGACCAACUCGUCAGCUGUAGCAUGGACGAUACUGUGCGAUACACUAGCCUUAACAAGAAAGACUACAGUGGCCAAGAUGUUAUAAAAAUGGAUGUUCAGCCAAAAUGUAUAGCAGUUGGACCUGGGGGAUAUGCUGUGGUCAUAUGCAUUGGAGAAAUUGUCCUGAUGAAGGAUAAGAAGAAGUGUUUUGCCAUCAGUAACCUCGACUUUGACCCUGAAGUCGUUGCAAUUCACCCAGGAGGUGGUACAGCAGCAGUCGGAGGAACAGAUGGGAUCGUGUACCUGUAUGCAAUCCAGGGCACUUCUUUAAAAAGAGAAGACAAAACUUUGGAAGCAAAAGGUCCCGUGACUGACCUGGCCUAUUCUCACGACGGUGCCUUCCUCGCAGUGACGGAUGCCAGCAAGGUGGUCACAGUGUUCAGUGUUGCUGACGGCUACACAGAACAUAAUGUCUUCUACGGACACCAUGCAAAAAUUGUUUGCAUAGCUUGGUCGCCGGAUAAUGAACAUUUUGCUUCUGGGGGUAUGGAUAUGAUGGUGUACGUUUGGACACUGAGUGACCCUGAGACCAGAGUCAAAAUACCAGAUGCCCACAGAUUACACCACGUAAGCAGUUUGGCGUGGCUGGAUGAACAUACCUUGGUCACAACAUCGCAUGAUGCGUCUGUCAAAGAGUGGUCCAUUUCCUACAAAUGAAUCAGAAGGUCCUCUUCAGAGAGUGGGACUACUGGUGUGGAAAAUAACGUUUCUCUUUCUUAAAAAAAUAAAUCUGUAAUGACCCCUGAGGUCCUAUAGCCUAUUCUCAUAUCUUUGCAGGGAGUGUUCAUGUCUGUAAUGAAAUGACCUUCAAGAGCUUUAGUCGGUAACGGUUUGCACAUGUGAAGCACUUAAAUUAUGUCUGAGGCCCAUAAAAUCUUUUUGUGUGCUGAACAUUCCAGGAUAUGCAGCCUAGCCGGUCAGUGUAGAAAAUUGAAAACUGGUUUGGUUCCUUAUUUUGUAAUAAAACACACAUACAUUUGCACGUGAUAUUGUACAGCAUGGGAGAACUCUCCUUUUUUUCUAAUUGCAGAACAUUUCUGUACUAAUAGUCAUAGUAAAAAUAGUAGUUGUGAUCCCAAAAAUCGAUCAAGUGGUGUGCAGCUACUGUAUAUUAUGUCGCUUGUCUGUAAUGCACAAAACAGUUUCCAUCACCAGAUAACAAAAUAGGGUACAUCGUAAUAAUAAACUUUUCUGUAUUUUCAUGUUCAGAUUUGUGGUUAUUUUAAGAUUAUUUGAAGACAGAAAUGUGGGGGACGGGUAUGUAUUUUGAUGUUCUUUCAGAAUUUGAAGUUUACAGACAAAUGUCAAGAUGUCCUUUUUUUUCCUUUUAAAGAUAUGCCUUUUGUUAUCUUUUGAACAAAUGAGAAUACUUGAUCAUGAUUUUGCUGUCAGAAAAGGGGUGCUUCUAGAUAUGCUUUAACUAAACUUGUUUCCUGAGGAGAAAUAUGUUGAUGUAAGAAAAACUACAGUAAUUAUUUUAAAAAAACCUGUUUCUGGUACAGGAAUUAAAAUAAAAUAAAGUAUUAAUUUGA